CAGUUACCCGUCGACCGUGAGGAGGAGGGUGGGUGCCGCUCAGCUGCUCAGUGCACCGCUGGACGGCACGACGGGUGGGCGGGAUGCUGGCAUCUCUCCGGAAACGCAGAGCCUCCUUGUUGUACCUCCUGUGCUCCUCUGCACUGCUGGCCUUCUGCUUCCUCACCACUGCUAGCAGGAACAGCCUGACUAGUCACACCUCCAUGGAGAUUUACCCCUGGCAGAUGGUGAAUUACGACGAGUAUAAGUGUGGUUGCCCGCGCUCUGGUCCACCAAUAGCGACUUCAGGACAACACUCAUUGUGCAGUGAUUGGUCUAGCAGCAGAGGUGCAGGUCAGAAAGUGGUCUCCUAUACCAUCUACGGUAACAUGAGCCAUGAAGGUGUCUACAGACAGUACUAUUCAGCGGUCGAAGACCGAAUAAAAGAUGUCGCUAACUAUUAUAAAGGUUGGAUAAUGCGCUUGUAUCACAACAUGUCCAGAUCUGACCCCAAAGCCAUGGGCUUUAUUUGUCACCUUUACUGCCUCUACCCCCACUUCGACCCCUGCCAGGUGGACCACCUCUACCCCACAGCUCCAUCCACAACCCCCAAACCCACACCAGUGGGGACAACCCCCGGUUUCUCAAUGAAGAAGAGUGUCUCAACCCUGCAGUCUCAUCCUGGGGAUGGUGGAGAGGCGGCGCAGGGAGAGGUUAGGGAUAAGGGUAUGGAUAGUGAGGAUGUUGUGGAGGUGGGGACGGAGGGUAGUGGACGGAGUAAAGAUGGUGAGAAAGACAGGUGGUCCACCAGUCAGCACUUCAAAAGUCUUCAUCAAAUUCUCUCUUCUAGACGGCGAGGAGAGGGGAGCUAUGAGAGGCUUCUGGUGGGAAGAAUGUGGAGAUUCGUGGUGAUGGGUGAUCCUCUGGUGUCAGAGUUUCUGGUGCGGGAUACUGACUCUGUCAUCCUGGCCAGGGAGGUUGCUGCUGUGGACCAGUGGCUUCACAACUCCACCGCCCUCCUUCACAUCAUGAGAGACCACCCGAGCCACAAUGGCCUCAUACUCGCUGGGAUGUGGGGUGGCUCCCGGACGCGGGGAGGGGAGAAGAUGACAGAGAUGUUGCAAGCAAUGAUGCGCUGGCCGCCACGUAACAUCUGGGAUUAUGACCAGGUGUUGCUCAAGAGGGUCGUCUGGCCGGACAUGCUUGACACUGUGCUGGCCCACGACAGUUACUUUUGCGGCAACCCUCACUUCCAGUCACGUCACCGCUCACAACCUUUCCCCACACAACGUGUGGGCCGCUACUUCGUUGGCUGGGGGCCCACCAGGGACCAUGAGCUACCGGGGAUCACCAUGUGCCCCAGUCUAUGCCGACCACCACAACACCAAGAUUGGCUGUACUGCUGACUUUAGUCUUGUGGUUCAGUGGUAGUGCCUCUGUACUUACAUGUAAGAGACCUGGGCUUGAGCUUGGCACUGAAGAUGUUAGGUAUGUUGCCUUACACCUGUUUGCCUAGAUGUCAGAUGACUGUUGUGGGAUCUUAGGGAGGAGGCUCAAAGGGCAUCAGUGAAAAUAAGCCACAUUGCUUGGUUUUCUUGGGUUAUCCUGGGUUUCUAAUCCUCAGUUCCUUGUCUCUACUGCUUUGUUAUUGUAUUCAUCAGGGAAAAAAAUCACCAUAUACGAGUGUCAUGAAAAUUUGUUUAGUGGUGCUGUUGACUUUAUGACAGCUGUAAGCACAGUAUGCAACAGCCUCUCUCUUGUCAUAAUAAUAAUAAUCUUUAUUUCUAGAAAUACAUGCACGAGAUAUACAGGGCUAGAUGGCAAUGGCAUACCUCUAUAUAGAAAGCCCCAUGUUAUGCAGAGGAUUCUGGGUAAAUUAGGUCAAUUUUGUCCCAGGAGGCCUGGUCACAGACCGGGCCGCGGGGGCAUUGACCCCCGAAACUCUCUCCAGGUAAACUCCAGGUAACUCCAGGAUGUGACCCAUACCAAUCAACUAACAACCAGGUACCUCUUUUACUGAUAGGUGAACAUGAACAGCUUAUAGACAGCAGUGUAAUAUCAGGAUAUACUGUACCAGUUGGCCCUGAGGUAUCUAUAGGAACAGUAGAGUUGUGUCUUGUCUUACACUGAAGAUGAUAUAUGUUGAUGAGAAACGUGGCAGUUGUUAACCCUGUGGAAGGCUAUGCUCAAGCAUCUGCUGAUUUACUGCAAGAAGGCUAUUUAGAGUAUUAAUCUAGAGGUCUGGUUAUCCAAGAUAACCAGAAACCAAGUAGUGUGGUUUAUUUCCAUUGUGGUCCUUCGGCUCUUUCCUGGGAUGCCACACACAAUAGGUAAUAAACACCCAAGUACCUACUUACUGCUAGGUGACUAAGAGAACAUGCUUAUCUUCUCCACCCAGCCCAUGCUCCUUUCCAGGUUCUAAGGAUCACUUACCAUGAGCCACCCCCACUAUCCUAUCUCCACCAUUCCAUUAUUUUAGUAUCUUAAUUUAGCAUUAAAAAUAAAAAGUAUUUUACUGUAUGUUAUUAGAAAUCUGGUCCUUCAAGGAAGGGGUCUAUAUGCUGUUGAAAAGCUCUUGAUACGAAGACUUGGAACUACCUUCCCCUUUUUCAGAUCACACUUGUAUGACCCCCAAAGACCUUGUUGAUGGUUGGACACACUUAGCUUGCACCACAACACUCCAUGCCACAGGUUUGGCAGGAAGAAAUUUUCAAACGUCCAAAAUAUCAGCCCACUGGUGAAAUCAAGACUGUCGCAUACUUUUAUUACAUAUUUAUUUCCAAAAAAAUCAUGAGUAUUUCCCUUGGUUCCCUCAUGUUACAAAAAAUGCAACAGCUAUUAAGAAUAAACAUCUCCAGUGAAUACUAUAAAGGUCUGCCCCUCUAGCAUUCAGUCUGUUGCUGGGUUUUUGUAACAAGUAGUCAGUAUCCUGGUCCAGUUAUUCAUUAGAAUUUAAUGGUAUCUUAGGAUUUCAACUGAUAGGGUACUAACUGAAAUUAAAAUUAAGAUAUUUAUUAACAAAGAUAAAGCUGUCUAGGUGGACAAUAUCAAAGUAUAUUAAUUUAUAUAAUAUAGGAUAUAAGUUCCUACACUCCUCUCGUAUACAGUAUUAUUGUGCUGAAGGCACAUAUAUCUUUAUGGCUCUUAAAUAUCGUCUGGUACAUUGUCAACAUUUAAGAACAUAAUACUAAUAUAUACAAGUGAGUAUAUGUGCAUGUGUAUGUGUGUGCUCUAAAUAGUUUGCUAAGUCUCCAGACUUGACUCGACUUAACCAGUGACUGACUAAACGUCCUCACAUAAUCUAUCUUCCUGACCAACCUGGCAAUCAGAACAGCUUGCUUGAACAGUAAGACAACCGAUUCGCUGAACAGCAACAUACCUAGCAGCAACAACACAGUCGGAAACAAGAAGAUAAAAUAACGACCCUAACUGGGGACCAUCUGCAGAUCCUCCACAAGUCACAAAACUCCCAUAAUACUGAAUCUAAGUUCAGCAUAAAAUCCCCAACUGCGACGGUGCACAGAUACCAGAACAGAUUAGGUCAGAAGCUACAGCUCAGGAUCUGAGAUAACUUUAGUGUCAGUGCGACACAACCUCAGUAAACAUCGAAAAUCACUAAGUCUAGGCCAUGCUCUGUGAACAGAGUUAGUCACGAGAAGUAUGUUUCAUCUCGCCACAGAAAACAUUACCAAAACAGUCUAAACAAUGAACUAAUAACAAAGAGAGAGUGACAGAGAUGUUGCUCCAACAAGGGCCAGCAAGGGAGAGCUGGAGGGUGUUGUUGGAACCAGCACCAGCCAGAGAGAGAGGAAGGCAAGGCU